UAUGACCUUGAGUUACGUGAAGAUCCUAGCACGAGUUGUGAAUGAACUUGGACUGAGGGCACCCAAAAUAGCAUAUGAGAAAAGAGCUAACGGAACCUUCCAUGCUGUUAUAGAAGUGCACCUUGUCAACUGGACAUCUUGGGGAUUUCGUGGCCCACGGGAAUUUAAAGCAACUUCUUCCAUUUCCGCUAGAACAGCUAUUAGGAAAGCUGCUUAUAAUGUUGUCCAGCGUUUGGAGAAAUCUGGCCUCGUUAAAAUCAGGGACUUUAGAGGGAAGGUUUUGAAGCUGUGGAAGAAAAGAGCCAUGGAGAUAGCAAAAAUAUGCAAGGAAGUUGUUGAAGAAAGAGAUGAGCUUGAGAGAGAUUUCACAUUCCUCCAAAAUAAUCGUGCUAGGCUGCUUAUAGAAAAUGGUAAAAUGAAAGGAAAAAUGACAAGGCUCAAGAAGAAAGUAUCAUGUGCAAUGGUCAUUAAAGAAGAAAAUGCCAGGCUGAUUGCUGAAAACAAGGAUCUACAGGCAGAAAUUAGAGUUCUGAAGAAGCGGCUAUCAGAAACUAAGAAUGGAGAUAUGUAAGCAUUUUCAAGUAUCUAGAAUUAAUCUGUCAGUCAUGAAGUCAGAAAGUUAAGCUGAUUAGUACUAAGUUGCUGGCGUAUAUCGCGAGGGCUAGCUAGUAGUGAUAAAUGGACACUGUGUGACACUCCUUUGUAAAAUUCACCGUGCAGAGGUGGAUUCA